UGGCAUUGAGUGUUUUUAUGAUACACUGUUGGCAGGGAGCGAUGAUUACUUUCCUGAUGAAUGUUAGAGACGAAACAUCAACAGAAACUUUUUUGUUUGCAUUAUAAAGGCAAAGAGGAGGGAAGAUACAUCGCAGUAAGGAUCUUGAUUCGAUGUAAGAUGCUGUGACUGUCUUUCUCUCAUCUGAAGAGAAGACAGGGGAAGGCUUAUCAUCGUGCAGGAUAUACUUAUUCAUCAUCAGUUCCUUUUGAUCUUGGGAACAUUCGAUGUAUACAAGAAGGAGUUUGAAUGACUUUUGGCGAUUUCGGAUAUUGGCUUUGCUUUACCACCAAUAUUGAUGCCUCAUCGAAACUUCUUUUGAUGAACUCAUUUCUACUGACAAGAAGGGCAUAGGCUAGGCCUCUGCUUCACAAUUCCUCGGUGCAAGUCUUGCCUUUUCAACUGAAACGUGUUCAAGAGAAGAAACUCUAGAAAUGUCUGUGAAAACUGCGAGCCAGAUGGAGCCGAACACAGGAGGUCUCUUGGCUCUUGCUCUACAAGAAGGUGGCGAUGAGGACCUACGGGCUAGCAGCCCACCAGCCUUCGAGCCGUCCUUCCGUAUGGACGGGCCUGGACCCCGCAAGUUCCGCGAGCUCGAAGUCGGUAGGCUUGUAGAGGACAUCCUGUCGUCUCAUCUUCAGGAGGAGAUUUACGACCCAGUCCGCUGCAAGCAGCUUUCUCAAGACCUUGCCGGUAAGAUCAACCAGCGGGUCCGGGAGCUCAACUUCCCCCGUUACAAGCUUGUCGCCAUGGUCAGCAUCGGGAGCGUGAGGGAGAAACCUGGGACGCACCUCGGCAGCCGAUGUCUGUGGGAUGACCGCACUGACUCCUCGACUACCGCUCACUUCACUAACGGGUCUCUGUAUGCUGUCGCCAUGGUCUAUGGAUUGUACUUCGCCUGAUUCUCUCCUACGAUGCAGACAGGAUCGAAAGUUACAGGGUCUUAAGUUAGAUGAACACUCAAUGUGGAGACUUUUUACAAUGAUGAAACUACACAUCAAACAGACUAUU